GUACAGUAUGUUUAAGGAAGAGUGAGGGGUGAAGAGGCUGACAUUUUCGGGCAGGAAGGGUUGCUGGGGGCAGAAGAGGCAGUGGUGCUCUUGGAGGAGGAGAGGGUUGAAGAUUGAAUUUCGGCCUGACAGCAUUCCCGGGAGCGUGAGAAAGAGCACAAGGGAGCAAGUGAAGACAGUGAGUGACCUACAAACAAGCUUAACCAUCUUAACUUCACCCCUGGCUGUAGAUUAACACUGUAGCAGCUCCUGAAGGAGCCACACUGCUCCCCCUGCCUCCUCCCCUCCCUUCCCAAACGUGACACAUGAAGGUGGGACAACAUUGAGGAGGACGAAAGAGUGGGAGGAGGGGUUGUCUGAACAUCAUGAUGAGGGGAUUAAUACACAAACUGUCUCAGAAAGAGGGAAGGGUCAGCCCUUAAGGCACCCCAAGGUGGAGGUGCAGUAGGAGAGCCAUGGUCACUCAAUGGUGUGAUUAAAUGGAAUCAGCAGGAAGACGGGUGAGAGGCGGAGACCAGUCUGAGUUUGGUUUCCACUGGGAGCACUGGACAUGGUGAUAAACAGAGACGCACUGCGCUGAACUCAGUGAAAAGAGAAGAGAAUGACAGGUUAAACCUGAUUUAUUUUCUUCAGAGCAAAGUGGCAAGAAAAGAAAGACAAGAUACUCAAGGAAGAAAAAACAAAGACAAGAAUAAAGAUGGACAAUCAAGACAAGGGAGGAGGGAGGGAAGGAGAGAAGACGGAAAAACUGAUAGUUGGGGAGGUUGGUGAUGAAGACAAGCAGACCAAAGACAAACACAACAAGCUGGAGAAGGAGAGCAACGAGAAGGAGCCGAGCAAAGAGGCCCGGAAGGAGAACCGUCGCUGCCAGUGGAGGAGCGGCUGGGCUCUGACUGAACGCCUGGCCAUCAAUGUGUCAGGAAUGCGUUACGAGACCCAGCUCAGCACCCUCGCCCAGUUCCCCGACUCACUGCUGGGCGACCCCCAACGUCGACUUCGCUACUUUGACCCGCUGAGGAACGAACUCUUCCUGGACAGGAGCCGCUACUGCUUCGACGCCAUCCUGUACUUCUACCAGUCGGGCGGGAGGCUGCGGAGGCCCGCCAACGUCCCCCUGGACAUGUUCCUGGAGGAGAUACGCUUCUAUGAGCUCGGAGAGGACAUCAUCGACCGCUUCAAGGAGGACGAAGGCUUCCCCAAGGAGGAGGAGAGGCCCUUACCCACCAACGAGCUGCAGCGGCGCCUCUGGAUGCUGUUUGAGUAUCCGGAGUCCUCCAGUGGAGCUCGGAUCAUCGCCAUCAUCAGUGUCAUGGUCAUUGUGAUCUCCAUUCUCAUCUUCUGCCUGGAGACUCUGCCCGAGUUCAGGAAUGAGAAGGAACAGAGGGAGCAAUUCACCACCAUACCUCACCCCACCAUAGCAAACGAAACCAUCUUGGUCCCACCUGGCUUCACUCCUUUCCAGGACCCCUUCUUCAUUGUAGAGACAAUUUGCAUCUGCUGGUUCUCGUUUGAACUCAUCGUACGCUUCACCUGCGCUCCCAGCAAGACGCACUUCUUCAAAGACGUCAUGAACACCAUCGACUUCUUCGCCAUCAUUCCCUAUUUUGUCACAAUUGGCACAGAGCUGGCUAAGGACAAAGGCGCGCAGCCCUCCGUGUCUCUGGCCCUCAUCAGGGUCAUCAGGCUGGUGAGGGUCUUCAGGAUCUUCAAGCUCUCUCGUCACUCAAAGGGCCUCCAGAUCCUGGGCCAGACACUGAAGGCCAGCCUCCGUGAGCUUGCCCUGCUCAUCUUCUUCCUCUUCAUCGGCGUCAUACUCUUUUCUAGUGCCGUCUACUUUGCUGAGGUGGACAGACCUGACACGGCAUUCACCAGCAUCCCUGAGGCUUUCUGGUGGGCGGUGGUGUCCAUGACGACAGUUGGCUACGGUGACAUGUACCCAGAGACGGUUGGGGGAAAGCUGGUGGGCUCCAUGUGCGCCAUCGCCGGCGUGCUCACCAUCUCUUUGCCGGUGCCCGUCAUUGUGUCCAACUUCAGCUACUUCUAUCACCGAGAGAUGGAGUGUGAGGAACACACAGAGUACCACCAUGUCGCCACAUCACUCUGGGAAAAGGACAGAGAGGACGAUGAUGAGGAGGAAGAUGAGGAUGGAUUGGAUGACGGGCCUGACUGCACGGGAGAUUACUCGCCCCUGUACGCCCAGAGCAGCAGGGGUAUCUGUCCUCCGCUCAAUGGGACUCUUCUGGCAGGACUUUGUGCUGGACAGGCGACUGGUGAUCAGAGAGGAAUAAAGUUCUACCUCAAAGAACCUCUGGUCACUCAGGUCUGACAGAGAGCAGAUGGACAGAGACUUGCCAGGCUAAAAUUCAAACAGUAUCUUGUCAAGAGAAGGAGAGAGCCAAGCUGGAUAAGUACUGUUGAAAUAGAUGUCAGAAUGACAUGGGAGGAAACAUCUACACAAGGACUUGGACUGAAACAAGCCCCUGUUUAUGUCUCUCAUGUGAUCAUGCUUUUUACAUUUGAGACUUCUGCAUGAUUAUAUUUGACACACAGGUAUACAGCAAGCAUCUGUUUUUCUCAAUAAAUAAAUAAAAGUAACUCUUUGAAAAACCCUG